UGCUUUUUAGAAAAACUUUUCCUGGUGUUAGCCGUGAUCUGGAGGACUUGUGCCAGACUUUGUGUUGUUUUACACUCCUACAGUUUGGGUUUAUACUGCUAAGGACAGACUCUGUUUGUCAUUUCUUCUUAGCAGUAGAGCUGAGCCUCCAUAUGUGUAAAGCAGGUUACUGGUUCUGAGGAGUUUGGUACCCAGAGUGAGGCUGAUGAGCAAGUGGUGCACUGUGAGAGCUGGGGAAAUACAAGAAAGAUGGCAUUCAAGGAUAUAACAAGGCUGAAGGAGUUUAGGUGGCAGGAGCUAGGUGAAGAUAUAAGCCUAUGUUGUUCCAUUAAGCUUCACAGCACUAUUACCUUGGCAUUUCUUAAUAGGUUCUUGGGUAUCCAGCAUAUUUCAGAGUGGUGUAGUUUUUGGACAGGCUAGAAGAGCCAAGCUACCCUGCACAGAUUUGAGGGUCAGUGGUCUCUCUAAAUGACAAAACCAAAGCAAAGUCAACAGGCUUAUGAAUGGAUUCUCUUCUAACUAAACUGUCUCAGACAUGCUGCCUCUGUGUGAUGCUCAGCCCAUUAACUAGGGUGGAACUGCUGGUGAUUAGUCGGCAUGUAGCCAAAAGGCCUCAAGUUUUAUUAUAACAACUUUUAUUAAGGGAGAACUUGCUCCAAGAAAUCCAUGGACCGUUUGUUAUGACAGGUAAAACAGCAGAGACCACAGAAGGAGCAACCAGAGACAGCCUCUUGGGAUGCUGGUCUAUGUUUAAUGCUGCAGAAGAGUACAAAGCAGCUGUCUCCACUCAGCUCACUCCCAGCAGUGUACUGAGACUGGCUGACCACCAAGGUGAGCUGGUGAAAAUGGCUGAAAAUGGAGAUGGUGAAAACAUGUCCCUUUUGGAAAACAAAAUAUGUCAGCAAAUCGAGUACUAUUUUGGCAAUCACAAUCUACCAAGAGACAAAUUCCUGAAGGAACAGAUCAAACUAGAUGAUGGCUGGGUGCCUUUAGAAGUAAUGAUCAAAUUCAACAGGUUGAGUCACCUUUCAACAGAUUUUAGUGUUAUUGUAGAAGCAUUAAGAAAAUCCAAGACUGGUUUAAUGGAAAUAAGUGAAGACAAAACAAAAAUCAGAAGAUCUCCAAACAAACCCCUUCCUGAGUUAAAUGACCAGUAUAAGGCUGCAAUUAGAAACAGAUCUGUAUAUGUCAAAGGCUUCCCACUAGAUGCAACUCUUGAUGAUAUCAAAGAAUGGCUUGAGGAUAAAGGUCCAGUUGAAAACAUUCAAAUGAGGAGGACACUGCAGAAAACAUUUAAGGGCUCAAUAUUUGCAGUUUUUGAUAGUGUUGAAUCUGCUAAGAAGUUCACAGAGAUCCCAAACCAAAAGUACAAAGACACAGAGCUGAUGAUACUUUUCAAGGAGGAGUACUGUACAAAGAAGAAUGAAGAAAGGAAACAAUACAAAGUAGAAGCUAAAGCAAGAGCUAAACAGGAAAAAGAAGAAAAACAGAAACAAGCAGCAGAUGCUGAAAUGAAGUCUCUGGAAGAGAAGACGGGAUGUCUUUUGAAGUUUUCUGGUGAUCUAGAUGAUCAAACAUGCAGAGAAGACCUCCAUGAUGUAUUUUCUGAUCAUGGAGAAAUCAAAUGGAUACACUUUGUCAGAGGUGCAAAGGAGGGAAUUAUCCUUUUUAAGGAUAUUGCAAAAGAAGCUCUGGAAAAAGCAAAAGCAGCACAUAAUGGAAACCUACAGCUUCGGAACAAGGAUGUUACAUGGGAAUUGCUAGAAGGAGAUGUAGAGAAAGAAGCUCUGAAAAAAUUACUGGAAGACCAGCAAGAAUUGCUGAAACAGAAGACAAAAGGACGCAAAAUUAAAGGAAAAGGAAGAGGGGGAAAGACACCUCAAGGAGCACAGAAAGGAAAAAUUCAGUUUCAGGGCAAGAAAAUCAAGUUUGAUAAUGAAGAAGGUGGUGAAGAUGAUGUCAAUCUUGCAGAACCAGCAAGUCCCAAGAAGAGACCACUAGAAGAAAUGGAAAAAGAAGAACCUGCACCAAAACAGUUGAAAACAGAAAAUGGAGGAGGUGAUUAGUAAUACUAAAAUAAUAAAGUUUAGAAAAAAAAAAAUCAUUGUUUUAUUGUUCCAUUUUCAAUAGGUUUUAAAGACAUGCCUCAGUUCAGGAGUUUCUUGGCAGAAAAUCUAAUGAAAUCCACUUCAAUGUCAACCUACAAUGAGAGGAAAGCUUCAUUUUGUUGGGUUACAGCUUUUUUUCUGUUUAAGAAGCAUGCUUACUCUUAACAUACCACCCUGGAAAACUUUUAUAUUUAUACUUUUGUUUAUACCGUCAGAUCUUCACAGUUUCUCUGGCAACCCACUCAAAUGUAAAAGGUUCUGGACUCUGUAAUAUUGCGGUUAUGUUAAAUAGCAGCUGCCAAUAAAUUCAGAACUUAAAACUG